UUUAAAUGCAACCCAAACUCCCCUCCUCCAUUGUCUCACAUUUUUAUCAUCCCCAUCUCUCUUGCUCUCCCUCGCGCAUUAGUUUUCUCUUUUUCUCUCUCACACACCUUCACCACACCCAGUUGUCGGUAGAAAUGGAUCCAGUUUCAGAGUGGGGCAACAGCCCUCUAUCCACCGUCGAUCCUGAGAUCCACGACCUCAUCGAGAAGGAGAAGCGCCGCCAAUGCCACGGGAUCGAGCUCAUCGCCUCCGAGAACUUCACCUCCUUCGCCGUAAUUGAAGCCCUCGGCAGCGCCCUCACCAACAAGUACUCCGAGGGCAUGCCCGGAAACCGCUACUACGGAGGCAACGAGUACAUCGACCAGAUCGAGAACCUCACGCGCUCACGCGCCCUCCAGGCCUACCGCCUGGACCCCACCAAGUGGGGCGUCAAUGUCCAGCCCUACAGCGGCUCGCCGGCCAAUUUCGCCGCAUACACGGCGGUUCUCAACCCCCACGACCGCAUAAUGGGGCUCGAUCUGCCCUCCGGCGGCCAUUUGACCCACGGCUACUACACCUCCGGCGGGAAGAAGAUCAGCGCUACCUCGAUCUAUUUCGAGAGCUUGCCCUACAAGGUGGAUUCGAACACGGGGUUCAUCGAUUACGACAGGCUGGAGGAGAAGGCCAUGGAUUUCAGGCCCAAACUGAUUAUUUGUGGAGGGAGUGCUUAUCCAAGGGAUUGGGAUUACAAGAGGUUCAAGGAGAUUGCGGACAAGUGUGGAGCUCUGUUGCUCUGUGAUAUGGCUCAUAUCAGUGGCCUUGUUGCUGCUCAGGAAGCAGCAGAUCCUUUUGAGUACUGUGACUUGGUAACAACCACAACUCAUAAGAGUUUAAGGGGUCCUAGAGCAGGCAUGAUCUUCUACAGGAAGGGUCCUAAGCCGGCCAAGAAGGGCCAAGCAGAAGGCGCUGUGUACGACUUUGAAGACAAGAUCAACUUUGCUGUGUUCCCUUCUCUUCAGGGAGGCCCACACAAUCACCAAAUAGGUGCACUUGCUGUUGCCUUGAAACAAGCAACUUCACCUGGUUUCAAGGCCUAUGCUAAGCAAGUCAGGGCCAAUGCUGUUGCCCUUGGGAACUAUUUGAUGAGCAAAGAAUAUAAGCUUGUCACUGGUGGAACUGAGAACCACUUGGUCUUGUGGGAUCUUCGUCCUCUUGGGUUGACUGGAAACAAGGUUGAGAAACUCUGUGACUUAUGCAACAUUACUGUAAACAAGAAUGCUGUUUUUGGUGACAGCAGUGCUUUGGCCCCGGGAGGGGUUCGCAUUGGUACUCCUGCUAUGACAUCGAGAGGACUGGUAGAGAAAGACUUUGAGCAGAUUGCUGAGUUCCUCCAUCGGGCUGUGACCAUCACCUUGAAGAUCCAAAAGGAGCAUGGCAAACUACUGAAGGAUUUCAACAAGGGUCUCGUCAACAACAAAGACAUUGAGGAGCUCAAAGCUGAUGUUGAGAAAUUUGCAUCCUCAUUUGACAUGCCAGGCUUCAAAAUGUCUGAGAUGAAGUACAAGGACUAAGCAAAUAAAGCACAUUUCUUGUUAUCUGGAUUUUCUAUGUUAUGUUUUUCUCAUCGAAUUUUGCCUUUUGUCUCAUCUCAUCCUUAUUUGGUGAAAGAAUAAUUGUUAUUGUAUACCCUGUUGCUUCUGUUUACUUCCAGCAUAGUUUUCUGAAAAUUCAUUCUGUUCGUUGGGAAGUUGUAGCUGUUCAUGAGUUUGAAGUAUAAAACGUGCUUACCAUUGCUUUGAAGUAUAAAACGUACUUACCAUUGCUGUAGUACAAGUGAGUUUGCUUUUGUGUUUGCACCUUUCUUAAGUAGUAAGUUAGA